AUGGAGGCGCUAAUUCCAGUUAUCAACAAGCUUCAGGAUGUCUUCAACACGGUGGGCGCCGACAUCAUCCAGUUGCCUCAGAUCGUCGUGGUGGGAACGCAGAGCAGUGGAAAGAGCUCAGUGCUAGAAAGCCUAGUGGGGAGGGACCUGCUUCCCAGAGGCACUGGUAUUGUCACCCGGAGACCUCUCAUUCUGCAGCUAGUCCAUGUUUCACCCGAAGAUAAGAGAAAAACAACAGGAGAAGAAAAUGACCCUGCUACAUGGAAAAACUCAAGACACCUUUCUAAAGGGGUUGAAGCAGAAGAAUGGGGUAAAUUUCUUCACACCAAAAAUAAGCUUUACACGGAUUUUGAUGAAAUUCGACAAGAAAUUGAAAACGAAACAGAAAGGAUUUCGGGAAAUAAUAAGGGAGUAAGCCCUGAGCCAAUUCAUCUUAAGAUUUUUUCACCCAAUGUUGUCAAUCUGACACUUGUGGAUUUGCCAGGAAUGACCAAGGUGCCUGUGGGUGAUCAACCUAAGGAUAUUGAGCUUCAAAUCCGAGAGCUCAUUCUUCGCUUCAUCAGUAAUCCAAAUUCCAUCAUCCUUGCUGUCACUGCUGCUAAUACCGAUAUGGCCACAUCAGAGGCCCUUAAGAUUUCAAGAGAGGUAGAUCCAGAUGGUCGCAGAACCUUAGCUGUAAUCACUAAACUUGACCUCAUGGAUGCGGGUACUGAUGCCAUGGAUGUAUUGAUGGGAAGGGUUAUACCAGUCAAACUUGGAAUAAUUGGAGUAGUUAACAGGAGCCAGCUAGACAUUAACAAUAAGAAGAGUGUAACUGAUUCAAUCCGUGAUGAAUAUGCUUUUCUUCAAAAGAAAUACCCAUCCCUGGCUAAUAGAAAUGGAACAAAGUAUCUUGCUAGGACUCUGAACAGGUUACUGAUGCAUCACAUCAGAGACUGCUUACCAGAGCUGAAAACAAGAAUAAAUGUUCUAGCUGCUCAGUAUCAGUCUCUCCUAAAUAGCUAUGGUGAACCUGUGGAUGAUAAAAGUGCUACUUUACUCCAGCUUAUUACCAAAUUUGCCACAGAAUAUUGUAACACUAUUGAAGGAACCGCAAAAUAUAUUGAAACUUCAGAGCUAUGCGGUGGUGCUCGGAUAUGUUAUAUUUUCCAUGAGACUUUUGGGCGAACUUUAGAAUCUGUUGACCCACUAGGUGGCCUUAACACUAUUGACAUUUUGACUGCCAUUAGAAAUGCUACUGGUCCUCGUCCUGCUUUGUUUGUGCCUGAAGUUUCAUUUGAGUUACUGGUCAAGCGGCAAAUCAAACGUCUGGAAGAACCCAGCCUGCGUUGUGUGGAACUAGUUCAUGAGGAAAUGCAAAGGAUCAUUCAGCACUGUAGCAAUUACAGUACACAGGAGUUGUUGCGGUUUCCUAAACUUCAUGAUGCCAUAGUUGAAGUAGUGACUUGUCUUCUUCGUAAACGGUUACCUGUUACAAAUGAAAUGGUCCAUAACUUAGUGGCAAUUGAACUGGCUUACAUCAACACAAAACAUCCAGACUUUGCUGAUGCUUGUGGGCUGAUGAACAAUAAUAUAGAGGAACAAAGGAGAAACAGGCUAGCGAGAGAAUUACCUUCAGCCGUAUCACGAGACAAGUCUUAUAAAGUUCCAAGUGCUUUGGCACCUGCCUCCCAGGAGCCCUCCCCUGCUGCUUCUGCUGAGGCUGAUGGCAAGUUAAUUCAGGACAGCAGAAGAGAAACUAAAAAUGUUGCAUCUGGAGGUGGUGGGGUCGGAGAUGGUGUUCAGGAACCAACAACAGGCAACUGGAGAGGAAUGCUGAAAACUUCAAAAGCUGAAGAGUUAUUAGCUGAGGAAAAAUCAAAACCAAUUCCAAUUAUGCCAGCCAGUCCCCAAAAAGGCCAUGCUGUCAAUCUGCUGGAUGUGCCAGUUCCUGUUGCACGAAAACUAUCUGCGCGUGAACAGCGAGACUGUGAGGUCAUUGAGCGACUCAUCAAAUCGUAUUUUCUCAUUGUCAGAAAGAAUAUUCAAGACAGUGUGCCAAAGGCAGUAAUGCACUUUUUGGUGAAUCACGUGAAAGAUACUCUUCAGAGUGAGUUAGUAGGACAGCUGUAUAAAUCAUCCUUACUGGAUGAUCUUCUGACUGAAUCCGAGGACAUGGCACAGCGCAGGAAGGAAGCUGCGGACAUGCUAAAGGCAUUACAAGGAGCCAGUCAAAUAAUUGCUGAAAUCCGAGAGACUCAUCUUUGGUGAAGAGAACUAUAUAACACUGAGACUUUGUUGACUCGAAAUUUGCUAGUUACUGCCUACUUGAGUAGAAUUUUAUUUAUGAACUCCUGUGUAUUGCAAUGGUAUGAAUCUGCUCAUGUGAAGAGACUGGCUAUAAACUGAAAAUCGUACUCUG